CUAUAACAAUAACCGCUCGAAAGUAAAGUCUGAUAAGACCUAAACUAAACUGUAAAUCAUUGAAUAGGAGUGUUACCGACAGUGUGAUGAAAUUAUUUAUCAUAUUGGCUCUUUUCUUUGUCACAGUGUUCUGUGAAAACUGUAACCAUGACGACGACUGUCACCUAGUUCACUGCUCAACGGGUUCAGUCAACUGUAUCCACAGAAUCUGUACCUGUACCGAAAACACCGGUCAAAUGUGUACCGGCCAAGAUGACUGCGGCUUUCACUGUUUCCAUGGCCGCCCUCACUGUGUAGAUGGCGUCUGUCACUGCUAUGGAGACUAGGACAUGUCAUUCUGACUUUCAAUGAAUCAUAUUUUUAAAAGGAUUAAAUCUCACAAACAAAACAUGUGUUAUAUUUUACCAUACCA